AUGAAGAGAAACAAGGUCGUUGUCGUGGUUCACAAGUCGGCCGCCGCCGGAAUGUGGACAGACAUAGGCAUUCUCGGGUGUGAUGCUGCUGGGGUUUUGGGACUUCUUCCGGAGCAAAAGCUAACAUAUGUUAUACGAAUGUUGACGUAUGGAGCAUCUGCUGAUCAGGUGGAUGAGAUUGCCCGGAUAGGGAAGUCCACUACGUUAGAGGCUUUGGUAAGAUUUUGUGAUGCAAUUGAAACAUCCAACGGCUUCUACAAAAAGCAGAAGCUUGAGGAUUUCCAAGAAUAA